GGGACUUCCUGUUGCACGGCUGGACUACUGGAGGUAGAUUGUUAAUACCUUCCGGUGCUUUUUUUUUAAUAACAAAAGUUCCCUGAAGAAGACGCGUACGAGCAGAAGUGAGGGCGGCGGUGUCUUUUUUUUAAACAGUUUGACGGUGAACAACAUUCGACUAACGGGACGUUGAGCUAACAAUUAGCUGAGAGCGGCUACUUCGGUGCGUCUUAUCGCUGUAUGUGCGGUAACAACAUGUCUGCUCCUCUACCUGCCAUCGUGCCUGCCGCCCGCAAAGCCACCGCCGCGGUGAUCUUCCUGCAUGGCCUCGGUGACACUGGACAUGGAUGGGCUGAAGCCUUCGCUGGCAUCAAGUCAGCACACGUCAAGUACAUUUGCCCACACGCUCCCAACAUGCCCGUGUCCUUAAACAUGAGAAUGUCCAUGCCUUCCUGGUUUGACAUUUACGGCUUGAGUCCGGAAGCAGAGGAAGAUGAAGCUGGUAUUAAGAGAGCGUCAGACAACCUUAAAGCCCUGAUAGACCAGGAAGUGAAGAACGGGAUUCCCUCCCACAGAAUCCUCCUGGGUGGAUUCUCGCAGGGCGGGGCCUUGUCCUUGUACACCGCUCUGACCACGCAGCAGAAGAUGGCGGGAGUGGUGGCGCUCAGCUGCUGGCUUCCGCUGCGCAAUUCCUUCCCUCAGGCGUGCGGCGGCAGCGCCAACAAGGACAUGCACGUCCUCCAGUGCCACGGCGACGCCGACCCGCUCGUGCCCUUCUCGUUUGGGAGCCGCACCGCCGAGAAGAUGAAGAGCCUCAUCAACCCGGCCAACGUCACCUUCAAGUCGUACCGCGGUCUACCUCACAGCGCCUGUCCCGAGGAAAUGGUGGACGUCAAGCGCUUCAUCGAGAAGCUGCUCCCCGCCAUCAGCGAGGAAUAAGUCGUCUCUUCGGCCUUCACCAGGACCACGAGCGGCUUGACAGCAUAAAAAAAAAAAAAGACAAAAAAAAAAAUCACGCCGCUUCCGCCGUACCUUUUCAGAGGCAAACAGGAGCGCUUGAUGUUGACGCCGAGGAGCAGCGACACGUCCCGCCGUGGAGUAUUGCGAUCGUCAGUGUUACGGUAGAGUGACGUUAGUUGCUUGAUUGUUGAUGCUGAACGCCAUUUUACCCCGCAGCACACGUUUGUACAGGAGUAACUAGGGCUAAUGUUUUGUUUUUUUCAAUGAUGUAUACGUGUAGUAUUGCUUAAACCAGAGGUGUCCAGAGUGCGGCUUGUAGCUAACUUUUGGCACAAUCAUUAGCAUUCUAAUAUUAGCAUGCUAGCUUUUUUGCAAAUUUUUCAAGUAUACACCUCAGCAUCAAAUGUUUUUUUGAGGAAUGAUACCUGUUAGCAUGCUAAUAUUAGUAUGCUCGCUAAUUUUGUAGGUAUACACCUCCAGUCAUAUUUUGGUACUUGAUGCAUGCUGACGUUAGCAUGCUAGCAUUUAAAACAGAUUUUUCAGGUACACACCUCAAUCUAUUUUAGUACUCGACACAGGCUAACAUUAGCAUGCUAGCUUUUUUUUAACGAAUGAAGCAGGUCAGUAUGUUGGCAUUUCAGUAAUGUUUUUGUUAGCAUAGUACCGUUAGCAUGCUGUUUUAUUUGUAUUUGUAUUAAUAUUUCCCAAAAAUAACACCAGCCAAAAGAUAUAACAGAGGAAAAACAAAACACACAAGACAAAGCAAACAAAACACUCACACACACAUUCACACAUCCAUUGAGAGAAGCUUACAUAAACUCGAGAAAAUCCAAAAUGAAAAGAAAUUAAAAUAAUGAAAAAAUUAUAUUAUAUAAUAAUAAUAAUAACAAUAAUAACAGAUUCAUGAAGAUGAUAAUAUUACGGAGCCCCUAACGGGACAUGGGGUAUUUAAAAAAAAAAAUUUUU